GCUCUGUCUCUCUCCCUCCCUCCCUCCUCACUACCCUCCAACGGUCUCAUCUCUUCUCCUUUCUACUUUGAAUUUUGAGUCCAGAUUCCAGCCUUUUUUCUUUCCAACACAGUGCAUAGAAUGGAGCAAAGAUUAGCCAGUACAUUUCGAAUGACCGUGAAUGAGAAGAAAUUCAUUGAAAAAGCAUUGCUUUCCGACCUCAGAAUCGAUGGUCGUCGCCCUUUUGAUUUUCGCCGCAUAAGCAUCAAGUUUGGUAGAGAAGAUGGGUCGUCAGAGGUGCAGUUAGGUCAAACUCAUGUGAUGGGGUUUGUUACUGGGCAACUUAUUCAGCCUUAUAGGGAUAGACCUAAUGAGGGGACGCUUUCAAUUUAUACUGAAUUCUCUCCCAUGGCUGAUCCUUCUUUUGAGGCUGGACGUCCCGGAGAAGCUGCAGUGGAGUUGGGACGGGUAAUAGACCGCGGUUUAAGGGAAAGCAGGGCAGUGGAUAUGGAAUCACUUUGUGUUCUUGCUGGCAAGUUGGUAUGGUCUAUCCGAAUUGAUCUCCACAUUAUUGAUAAUGGGGGAAAUCUUAUUGAUGCAGCUAAUAUUGCUGCUUUGGCUGCUCUGUUGACAUUUCGAAGGCCUGAAUGUUCAUUCGGAGGGGAAGAUGGUCAGGAACUGAUAGUACAUCCACCUGAGGUGAGGGAGCCACUUCCUUUGAUUGUACAUCAUCUCCCAAUAGCAGUGACCUUUGCAAUUAUUGGGAAUGAGAACAUUAUGGUGAUAGAUCCAACCCACAGUGAAGAGGCUGUUAUGGGUGGAAGAAUGACUGCUACACUUAAUACAAAUGGUGAUGUCUGUGCUAUUCAAAAGGCUGGAGGAGAGGGUAUCAUUCAGAGUGUUAUCAUGCAGUGCUUGCGAAUUGCUUCAGUGAAGGCUGCUGAUAUAACAAGCAAGAUAAAAAAUGCAGUUGAAGCAUUCAACACAGAAAGAGCAUUGCGGAAGAUCAAGCGCCACUCUUCUUCCAUAGCUGUGGAUGUUAGUGGACCAGGUGCUAAAAUGAGGGAGAACAAAAAUCAAUCUGUUGAUGAGAAGGUAGUCAAUGAGUUAUCAAGCCAUCACAUGGAGAGGUUGAAGAUGGAAUCAGAAGAAAGCUGUGUCACUCAGAGCAGUGAUGUGGAAGUUAAAACCCAAUUAUCUGAACAAGGAAGAACUAACAGGAGUGAUGAGAACACCAGAAGUUUCAUUGGUGGCCCCUCAAGUUGGAUUGAUAAAACAGAACACAAACAAAAAGAUUCAAGAGGUGAAAUGAAGGCCCCUGACGUAAAGUCAGAGGAACCAAAUGCUGAUAUUGAUCCAGCUCUUUCUCCAAUGAAAACUGUUGGAACCACACCCCAAACAAAUGGAGAGAAGACAUUGAAGGAUGCAGUAAAGCCUAAGAACAAGAGAAAGAAGAAGGCAUCCCCCAACACUAAUGCAAGGUAGACUGACCUUUGAGAAAGAAGAAGCGCCCCCCAACACUAAUGCGAGGUAGACUGACCUUUGCCAAAAGAAGUAUCUUCUCCCAGCAUGUAUAUUAUUUUUACCCUAAUUCCUGUAACAAAAUUCCAUUUUUGGAUUUUGUCAAACCCAACUGCUAACACAUUGGUGUUAGAGAUCUCAUAUCAUAUGUGUGAAGCCAUUCCCUCUCUUUCUGUAUUUGCAUAUGUAUUGGGGUUUGAGUUUCUUUAUCUGAAUUCAAUUCUUGAUUAACUGGAUUGAUUUUGA